AUGCGUUUCGUCUCAUUUGCCACUGUUCUUGGCGCUGCGCUACUCCCUGCAGUUAAUGCUCGCCCUGCUUGUCGUCCUGAUACGUCUGCUACGUCCGGAGUAUCUGCGACCUCUGUUGCUACCACUACUGCUGCCGCUGUCGAAACUUCAAGCACCGAAGCUGCUACUACCGUAGACGCUUCUACGACUUAUGAGACUACUACCGCCCUGGAGACUACAGUUGUCGUGUCCGCGACUGACGAGACUACGACUGCUUUGGAGACAACUGUUGCCAUUUCCGAAACGGCCACUUCGGACUCUACCGCUCUGAUCCCAACUACCACGGCCGAGACUCCUGCUGAGACCACCACGGCCGAGACAACUGUUGCUGAAAUUGUGACCAAUUCAGCUGAAACAACUAUUGCUGAGAUUGCGACCACAACUGCGGAAACCACUCUAGCCGAGAUUACAACUACUACAGCUGAGACUACUGCUGUCGAAAUUGUUACCACUGCAGCUGAAACAACUCCAGCUGAGAUCGCAACUACCACAGCCGAGACAACCCCUGCUGAGGUUGUUACCACCACCACUGAAGCUGCCACAACCACCACCGCCGAAGCCGCCGGUCCAACCAACUUUGUUAAGAACGGUGGUUUCGAAGACAACACAAGCAACGCCUGGACUCUACUAAACAGCGACAUUGCAAACAACCCUGGAAACGCUCACACCGGCGGCCAAUACCUCGAAUUUUACGUCAACAACGACUUUGCCAACGGACAGAACCAAGCCUCCCAGACCAUCAGCGGCCUCAGUACCGAUCGCCAAUACGGCUUCUCUUUCUACGCUAGUGUCUUCGGCACCCCAGAACCUGUCAUCAUUCCUAGUACCCUCUGUCACAUUCAGGCGCGGCAGGGAGGUGCAGUGAUUGCCCAAUUCCCGCUGGACUUGAACAGUGUCGAUUACUACGACAUUUACAAGGUUAACUUUACGCCUUUGAGCAGCGAUAUUGAUCUCAGCCUGCGACUUCGCUGUACCAAUGGCCGGAGAGUUACGCUUGCUCUUGGUAUAGAUGAUGUUGCUAUUGGUGAUGUUUUCUAG